AUGGCGACCCCGCACCUUCCGCCCGAGCCGCCCACCGCGUCCAAGCCCGAGCCCGAGCUCGAGCUCGAGCCCGCGGCCCCCAGGCGCGGCGCGCUCUUCCGCCUGAGCGCUUCCAUCGACGGCGCCAUGCGCGCUUUCUUCUUCCGCCUGGGCUACUGGGUUGCCGCCAACCCGUUCAAGACCGUCCUGUUCUCGCUGCUGGUCGUCGCGGCCACGCUCGCCGGCAUGCUGCGCUUCCGCUCCGAGUCGCGCGCCGCAGAGCUUUGGGUCCCGCAGGGCACCGUUGCCCUCAAGAACCAGGCCUACGUCGAGCAGCGCUACGGACAGACCGUGCGCGCUUCCACCAUCGCCUUCGUCCAGAAGGAAGGCGGCGCCAGCCUCGCCACCAGGGACGCCUUUUUGCAGAUGCUCGACGUCGCUAGUGCCGGCUACUACCUCGUUGCCGACCCUAUCAACGACGAGGAAGGCGCCGAUGGCACGCCCAUCACGUAUGAGGAGCGCUGCUUGGAGACGAAGGAUGCCGCCGGCAAUGUCAUUUGUCGCACCAACUCCGUCUUCAACCUGUUCUAUGACGUGGACAAUGUUGUCAAGCUGGAGAACGGCCGCGUUGACUUUUUCGCCACGGUGCGUGUCAGGAUUGAGUCCCUCUCCGACGCUGAGAUUAAGCGCGUGCUUGACGACCCACCGCCAGUCAAUUUUGAUGACUCGCCCUUCAACGCCGACGAGAUCAUCGGCAAGGAGAAUGGCGCCGUUAGGAUUUUGAUGUACACCCAGCUCGCGAACAACAAGCAAAUCGUCGAAGGAGGCGAACUCAUCGACAAGGAGGCCGAGAAGCUCGAGGAGAACUGGACCGUCCUGCUGCUGGAGGGCACCCCGCUGCUGAACGGGAGGGUGCUCGACUGGUAUGUCGAAUCGCUCUGGUCGCAAGGCGACUCGCUGGCAGAGGCCCUGACAGGUGACUUGCCCAUGCUGGCCAUCGGCUUCGUGCUCCUCGGCGUCUACAUCGUCUUAUUCCUCGGCGACUUUCACGCUGUCCGCUCGCACAUGCUUCUCGCCCUCGGCGCCAUUGCCACCACCGGGCUUGCGCUGGGCGCGUGUUUCGGCAUCUCCUCCGCCCUCGGCAUGUUCUUUGGCCCGGUGCAUCAGAUUCUCCCGCUUCUUAUCGUCGGUAUUGGUAUCGACGACUGCUUCCACGUGACCCGUGCCGUCGAUGAGGUCAACCAGAAGGAGUCCAACCACGGAAAGUCCGUGCAGCAGAAGAUUGCUCUUGCGCUGAGCCAGUCGGGCACUGCCAUCACAGUCACUUCCUUUACCAACGUCGUCGUCUUUUUGCUCAGUGCUAUUUCUAAAUUACCCGCGCUUCGAUUCUUCUCGUUGUGGGCCGCGGUGGGUAUCUUCGCGGCUUGGGGAUUUGCUGUCACAUUCUACACUGCCUUGGUCACUUUCGACCUCCGCAGGCAGGAUGCGAAGCGCCGAGACUGCUGCCCUUGUUUCCCGCCAGUGCAGGAAGUGAAGGAACUCAAUUGGUUCAAAAAGCCUGCCGGAGGGUUCAGCCGCUUCUUUGGAAACACCUUUGGUCCGCUCAUCACAAGGCCCAUUGUUCGCAUAGUUUUGCUCGUCCUGUUUGUCGCGGGUCUUGCGGCCUGCAGUUAUGGUGCAUCGCAGUUGUAUCUCAAAUUCGAAUUCGCGUUCUUCUAUCCCAGCGGGUCGGCACAGAGAGAGUAUCAAGAUCAGAUUGACAAGUACUUCAAACUUGGCAGUCCGACAAAUAUCUAUGUUCGAGACAGAGACUUGUCCACGAGAGAAAACCAGCUAAGCCUCUUAGAGCUUUGUAAGAGCGAUGGGGUAAUCGCCAAGAACGAGUGGAUUCAGGGAGAUACUCUUGACUGCUGGUACAAUGCUUUCCGGAACGAGAAUGGUGUUGAGGGAGAUGAUGCUGUUGUCGAUCCGCAAACAUUUGCGGACCGCGUAGCAAGAUUCCUAGAGGAUCCCCUAUACUCUCGAUAUUCAAGUUCCAUUCUCUUAAAGGAUGAAAAGGUCGAGGGCUGCAAGUUUUCGGUACAAUACAUUUUCUUGGACACCAAUGACGAUGAGAUCUCGUCACUAGAGAGUGUGCGUGAGGCUGCUGAUUCGGUUGGCUUCGGAAACGCUGUCGACGAGGCACCGGCCGCAUUCCCUUACAUCUUCUUUGAUACCUUUUCUGAACAAUAUGCUGCUCUCCCAGGCGAGAUUGGAAUUUCUCUAGGUCUCGCAUCCCUAGCUGUGGCAAUUGUGUGCCUCGUCUUGAUCGGACACCCGCUUGUUGCUCUGAUCAGUGUUGUGGUCGUAGGCAUCAUUAUCAUUGACGUGCUGGGGUUGACGUACUUUUCGGGCAUUAACCUUAGCUCUGUAAGUGUCAUCACUCUUGUGCUUUGCACCGGUAUCGGUGUCGAUUUCGUUGUUCACAUCGCUCGUUCAUUCUUGGAACAAGUAGGCACACGAACUGAGAGAACUAUCAAGGCUUUGGAGACAAUGGGUCCUCCAGUGUUCUACGCCGGAUUUUCAACAUUCCUAGCCAUCAUUGUACUGUCGGGUGCCAGGUCUUACAUCUUUCAAGUCAUUUUCAAGGGAUUCUUAUUUCUGAUCAUUAUGGGAUUCCUUCACGGGUUGAUUCUUUGUCCGAUUCUGCUGUCCCUUGUAGGACCCGCGAGCUUCUACGCUGACGAGGCAGAUAAGGAAAACGCUGAGAGAGUACUUGAGGAGCGCAUUGUUGGGCGCCAGGGUGCUGCAGACGAAAAGCUAGAACGAAGGGACGAGGCCACCGAGGAGGAAAGUGUGUAGGCACGGCCGGCAGGAACAGCUCCUACCCUGCUUGUGGUCUGUUAUGCACCGUUUCCGUUCUCUCCGUUUACAUCAAUGAUCUCUGGGGCUUUUACAAAUAUGGUUUCUUUGAUAAUGUAGAUGUUGGAUCAUUUCGAAAUCCCUCGUUAAGCACGGAGUUAAUCAGGACAGUGUCUAUGUAGAAUGAAGCAGUUUUUUGUAAAUGCUAUUGUACGAGUAAUAAUCGUUUGAUGUAA